AUGGAAAAAUUCAAACACAAGAAUAACUUGAUGGGCUUGAAGUCCCGAAAGAGCUCUUUCAGCGCCAAGAGUGAUUCGGAAAGCCCCAGGCGUCUGAGUAUAAACUCGGCGAUAGCAUCUGCCAUACAGUCACCCAGCGUCCUUUCGCCUAUCUCUCCCACAGGGUUUGCGACCCCUUCGCCAUUGUCACCCACCCAGAGCCAGGAGAACUUCAGGCCAGAUAACCUGCGUGACCUUCUGGGAGACUAUCAAAACGCGCGCACUACAAGUACCAUCUCUAUUGAUACCACAUCUUCUGUCUCUGCCGGCGUGACCAGUCCAACAUCAACACUGGUGACAGACAGUCCUUUCACUCCCGCUAGUCAAUCACACAACCCAUCUACGGAUAGCAAUCAAAAUAGACCACGGAGCCAAACGUUCCCUUUCAUUGGUGUCGACCCAAGUGUGCUGUCGCCUGAUGAACAGCCUGAUCAGCUUUCACCGAAGACUGGACUGCAGCAAGCCACUUUACAAGAAUCACCAUUUAUGGAUGAGUACAACCCAAAGGCUAUUCCUAGUCUCGAUACCUCAUCCAGCACAAUCAAGCGUAACCGCAGCAACCCAGAAAUCAAGGCAAAAUCCAUUUAUCCACCAUUAUUUCCGAAGUCAACCACGGUUUCGCCUAUAAGUUCACCUGGCUCGCCGACCCAGGAUGAAGCUAGGAGGGCAUUGGAGUUGGUGAUGAACUAUUUUGAGCACCAACCCACCGGCCUGGGAGCCCAAGACUAUCUAACCAUUGGAGGGCUAAUGGAAAGGUUGGAACUCGCCAAGUCCCAACAGACUACGCUCCCUGGCGGCCUUACUCGCAUUGACGAGCAUGAUGACGGCCCGCAUUUACAUAAAAAGCGAAGCAUUCGCAGCCUUGGCUAA